CAGUCCGCGCGUUCAGACGCGUGUGUCAAACGUACCGAAAUAUUAAAAAAUAUAUAUUGUGAAAUUGGAUAAUUAAUUUGUGCUGAUAGCCACAUAUUUAUAUUUUAAAACUAUUUAAUAUAAAAUGGCGUAUUCCUGGGACAAUCGUGUCGCUUUCGUUGUAAAAUAUCUUUACGAUAUAGACAACAAUGGGUAUCUGGACGCGCACGAUUUCCAUUGUCUGGCCCUCCGGACGUGCGUGCUUGAAGGGAAGGGCGACUGCAGCUCCGCCCGUCUCCAGAAGUACCAGCACGUGAUGCUCAAUCUGUGGGAAGAGAUCGCACAGCUGGCGGACUUCGACAAGGUGCCGGACUAUGACGGCAUCGUAACGGUUGACGAGUUUAAGCAGGCUGUUAUGAACAGCUGCGUGGGUAGGAGGUACGAAGACUUCCCUCAGUCGAUGCGAGCGUUCAUCGAGACUAACUUCAGGAUGAUCGACAUUAACUGUGAUGGCGUGCUCGCCCUCGAAGAGUACAGAUACGACUGCGUGCAGAGGAUGGUCGUGGAGGACAUCAAGGUUGUCGACGAAGCCUACAGUACACUGUUAAAUGAUGACGACAGGCGGAGGGGCGGCCUGACGCUCUCCAGAUAUCAAGAACUCUUCGCUCAGUUCCUGGGCGACGUUAGCGAUGACUGCGAAGCGAAACACUUGUUUGGACCAUUAGAAUUUUAGGAUCUCUUAUAAAUUUUUAGGUUAAAUUUUAAUCAUGACUGAAAUGUUCUUUCUCAUAAAAUACCUACAUCAUAAUAUUUAUUAGCCUAUUUGUUAUAUGAGUACGUUUUUAUUGAAUGUAAAUUUACUAAAUUGUUCAAAGGUAAUUGUAAAAAAAAUUUUUCGUGGCUCAAGAUGAGCGUUUUAAAUUUAGGUUUAAGUAAAGGUCAGCAGCGGCGCCUUGUCGUUUUGGAUUCAAUGGUUCUCAAUUAUUCGACUCAAACGAGCUUUAGUGGCGGAUGAAGAUUUACAAGUUUUUCUUACAAGUGGUGUUAUGAGCUGGGAAUAUUGUGAGGCCGCCAACUCGUCUCGUACCCCCGAAUACGCCGCUGAGUCAGGGUUGCCAGAGUUGCCAGAUUUUUAUUUCAUAUUUUGCCUAUAAAUAAGAGGCAAAUGCUUAAAUAGGAAAAAAAUACGGGAUUUACUUUUUACCCGGGACAAAUAAAAAACAAAAUUAUAUAGUGAGAUUCUUUUUUUUUUAUAUUUCUUCGAGGAGCAAGUCAGUGUUAACAUAUUUUUAUCGGUUUUAACAUAUUUAUAAAAAUCAAUACAAUUAUAAUUGUACGGUUUGAAUAAGGGACAGAGUCAAUCCCGCCGGGACAUUUUAUACUAAGCCUAAAAUACGGGAUGUCCCGGGAAAUACGGGACGUCUGGCUACUCUAGUCAGAACCGACGUGGGUCGCAGAGUGCGCUCACCCCUCACGCAGCAGCUUACACGUCAUUCUCUGGUCUUCCCUCGUAGCUUCCGAACAGUGAUGGAUUUACGCCUAGGCCCUUGAGACCAGUGCUUAGGACGGCAUGAUUUACACCGUAUAGUGCCUCGCGCGCCUUUCUCAAGGCGUAGUCUCUCGGCAGGAAUUGGCAGAGGAGGAGGAUCCCGGUCUACCUCUUCUCCCUCUUGUUCUCUGGAGGCACCGGAGUCCGACAUAACCCAGUCUGUUAAAAAAAGGGCGGCAUGAAUUGAGUGCCGGCAAAUUUUUUUAAAUGCCAAAAUUUUAGAGACGAAAUAAAGUAGACUGUCUCCUUUGAAAAUGAGUUCAGAUUAUUUUGUGUAAAAAAAUUAUAAAGUUAAUUUAUAUUUAAUAUAAA